ACCACGCCGGCACAAUCACCCUCCAUUAAACCUAAUUAACCCUAAUCACCCCUUAAAAACGUGAUAUUCAUUAUCCAUUGGUAUACGCACACCAAAACAUAUCUCAAAUUCGAAAUCGAUUCUCCAAAUUUCAAAUUUAAGUCGUUCGCGCGAACGUCGACUUUGCUGAUCAUGAAUAGUUAAUCAGUUAAUCAGUUGAUCGGUUAAUCAGUUGAUGAGUUAUGGGGCAACACCGGAGACACUGAUUGUUGUCUUUUUGGAAUGUGAGGAUUCAUUGCCCUUCGAUUUUCUCUGUCCAGUGCAACUUUAUCCCCGGAGAUGCCAACAGCGGAAGAAGGGGAAGAACCAGUAGUUGAAGAUGUUGGGCAGUUGGAGGAUCCCGACGAACCCCCUGGGGAAGAGGGACCUCGACAAAAUGGCCAGGGUGGUAGGGCGGGAAUUAUGAAACCCCUGGUGGUUCUUGCGCUUCCCGGAAUGUAUCUUUUCUACAAAUACAGUCAGUACCGGAGGGAGCAGCGGGAAUUGUCCAGGAGGCGAAUCACCGAGCGGGAGUUGCAGCAUCUUCAUCAUAAAAUUGAUAAAUUGCUGACGAAGUUGGAGGAGAAUGAACCCGAAAUGGCGUCUUCGCAAGAGGACGAAUGCGUCAUCUGCGUCAACGCAAGAGCUACGAUGCAGACUGCGCCCUGCGGCCAUCGAGUUGUCUGCAGACGUUGUUUUGUGAAAACAAUACAAAUGGCAGUUUCUCAGCGACUGCUCCCACUCCGAUGCGUCAUUUGCAGAGCAAAAAUUCUGCGGCUCAAGCAGACGCUAAUCCCCAGAGACUACUCAAUGUCUGGAAAGUCGUGGGUGCUGCCUCAGAGUGCAUCGGAGUACAAUAUGGGUGGAGGUGUUGGUACCAGUGGAGGUGGUAGAUGGGUCCCAGGAUCAGUCCCAGCGUCGGCAUCGCUCUACUCCAUGGCGAGUGGAUCAUCCUCCAUAUCUGGUGUGUCUUCCGUGUCAUCAGCGACGUCAUCAUCAGCGAGCAGCUCAGGGAGUUCAUCCAUGUCGAAACCCACGCGACUGCGACAACCGACAGGUGCAACUCUUCGGAGGACCCAAACGCAAUCGAUGAAAAUGCGAAUACAGGAGUAUCAAGAUCCCAUUCAGCAGAUUGCUGAAGACGAUGAUGCGAUAAGAGACAAUCGCGAGAGACGACUGCCACCAAUCAAAGAAUUUCAGCGAGAUUAUCGCGCUGGAAAAGCUUCCACAAGGCUCAGAUGCGCACAGAAAAUAGUGACUCAACUGGAGAUAUCGCCAACCCAUCGAGUCCCUCCGAGCAAUCCUCCAAUUCCCUCAUCAUCAUCAUCAUCAGCAUCAACCCGUGCAUCAACAAAAAGGCCGAGCUCGGCCCCUAGAACAGUGGUAACAGUAGCUCAAGAGGUGCAAAAAUCAAAAAAAGAGAAGGAAAAGGAGAAAGAGAGGGAGAAAGCGGAAAAGGCCAGACAAAAGGAGGAGGAAAAAGCGGAAAAAGCUAGAGCCAAGGAGGCGAAAAAAUUGGCCAAGGAGGAAAAAAAGAGAGCAAAGAAAGAGGCUAAAGCACGCCGAAAGGAAGCGGAAGAGUCACUCCUCAGGGAUGAUAAAUAAUAAUCCAAUAAUAAAAAUCUUUGUUGUACCCUCAACCCCUUUCCUGCCAACGUUCAAUCCAAAAUCCAGUGAGUAACGAUGAUGAAUAAUAUAUAACAAUAAAAGGGAUUUGAUAAUUUAGGUGAUAAUGACGGCUUAAAGCAUUGAAGGGUGACAGCUCGUGGAAAUAAUGGAAAUAAUGGAAAUAAUGGAAAUAAUAGAAAGAAUAGAAAUAAUGGAAAUAAUGGAAAUAAUGGAAAGAAUGGAAAUAAUGGAAAUAAUCGCCGACCCUGACGGAUUCAAGCAGUGGCCAAAACUAAAUUACAAGGAAUCAAUAAAAUAUUCGACGAUUGGAUAGUUAACUUAUUAGUUGAAACGACUAGGACUUCUAGGUUUAGGUUUUUUUCGGGUGAAAUAAAUAACCAGAAAUGUUCCUUCGGUCAAUUGUUUUUGAUAAGGAACAAUGCAUUUCUAGCCUAAGAGUUCAAUCGAACGAUUUAUCUGCGUUCUCUAAUUAGACUAGAGUAUUUUAAAUAAUUUAUGGAAGUUGUAGGGAUUUUCAUGGAUUAAUGAUUGAAAUGCCACGGAGAUUAAUGAUUGAAAUCAAAAUUAGUACUUCGGUAGGUGGAAAUAAAUAUCAAAAGGUGAUAGAAAGUGAUAGAAAUCAUCGGAUAAUCGUGGGAUUAUACCAUCGCGUUGUGUAAUAUGUUUUUAUUUUUAAAUAAAUGGAAAAUUGGGGAGUUGUACUUGGCUUUAGCGUCUCUUCGAUAAUUGCGAGUGAGUAACACUGAGAAUAACGAUAAGAUCUCGACGCACAUAUCAAAAUGUUAGGGGAUUUAUUGGCUUUAGUCGAUUCGGCUAGUUUACCCUAGGAAGUCAAUUACAUCGUUGUUGAAAUUUUUAUCAAAUUGUUGAAUCGUCGCCGGAAGAUACCUAUGGGGUUCAUUUAAAUUAGUUGAUAACAGCUGAUUAGAUUAAUCAACGAUUCAUUAAUACUCAUAACGGUUUUAGAUCACGUGUAACGAAUUUUUAGCUUUCCACACAAGUACUCACUGCUUUCACUGUCAUAUUCAUUAUACUCACCCGAAAUUGUCAAUCAGAUUCAUUAAUUACAACCGUAAAGUCGUUAUUCCCAGUGUAGGGUGGGGAGGACGGAGUGAAAAUGGAAAAAAUAUUGGCGAUUAAAUUUUGAUAUUUAUCGGUUAGAAAUUUCUGGUGUAGGAUAUGAAGAAUCUGAUAAACUCAGUCAUUCAGAAAUGUCAAUUUUUAUCGAGUACGUGGCGUGCUGAACUCUCACCGAUGACGUGUACUUGAAAACGAAAAAAAAAAAUGAAUGUAAAACCGUCAACCGAAAAUACGAGAGACGAAACGAAAUAAUACAAAUAAUGCUGGAGUAAAAAUACAUGGAAAAAAGGAUAAAAAAAAAAUAAUCCGUGCAUGUUGUCUUCUGCUGGUGGAGGCGACCUUGAGCCACUCAAAUCCAUCAUUCGAUCUUCCGGUUGUCCUUCGAGGGCACCAGGUGAUGGUAACGAGUGCAAUCCACGGAAUAAUAAAACGAUCCAUUAUAUUUUAUCGUAAUGAUCAUUACGAUAAUCUGUUGGACACACCGAGAGAAAUAUUCACUGAAAAUUAUGGAACAAUAAUCCGUUGUGGUGACACGAGGAAAAAUUAUUUCUCAUUU